AACCCAGCCGAACUGAGCCGAACAGACCGAACCGGGGCGAGCCCAGCCGAACCUAGCCGAAGGCAACCCAGUCGAGACCACGCCCGCCCACCCGAAGACAGACGAGCCCACCCGAAGACAGACGAGCCCACCCGAAGACAGACGAGCCCACCCGAGUGUGUGCGCCGCGGGUGCCGGUGCCGGAAGGAGUGCGGGGGGCGGAGCGGGCGCAGCCGCGGACUAUAAGAUUCAGAUAUGUUCCUAUUUGAUUGGAUUUACAGUGGUUUCAGUAGUGUAUUGCAGUUUUUAGGACUGUACAAGAAAUCAGGCAAGCUAGUGUUUCUUGGACUGGACAAUGCUGGAAAAACUACACUGCUGCACAUGCUCAAAGAUGACAGACUGGGACAACAUGUGCCCACGUUACACCCCACUUCAGAAGAGCUGACAAUUGCUGGCAUGACUUUCACUACCUUCGAUCUGGGUGGACAUGCUCAAGCUCGCAGAGUGUGGAAAAACUACCUGCCUGCAAUUAAUGGUGUUGUGUUCUUGGUGGACUGUGCAGAUCAUGAAAGAUUGCUUGAAUCAAAAGAAGAACUGGAUUCACUAAUGACAGAUGAAACUAUUGCUAAUGUGCCUAUCCUAAUUCUUGGUAACAAGAUUGACAGACCUGAAGCCAUCAGUGAAGAGAGGUUACGAGAGACAUUUGGUCUGUAUGGCCAGACAACAGGAAAGGGCAGCACACCACUGAAGGACCUGAAUGCCAGGCCCCUGGAGGUGUUCAUGUGCAGCGUGCUGAAGAGACAAGGCUACGGGGAGGGGUUCCGCUGGAUGGCCCAGUACAUCAACUGAUCCCUGCCAAAAUCACAGCAGCACAUCCUGGCCUGGGUCUCAGUGUUGUCUGCUCCUUAUUUGAUCACUCAGUGUACGUAACUUGAAUUCAUUUGACUGUUCAAUUUUAAAAAUACACAUUUUUAGCUAAUUAUAUCAUUGAUGCUAAAUUGUAAGUGUGAGGAUUGCAAAAUUAUUUCAAGCAAGUUUGUAAGUUUAAAUACCACAACCUGUGAGCUUUCUAAUCCCAUGCAGCAUCCUUUUGCAGCUUUUAAUUUAAUGAGUCUCCUGCACCAUUUUUGGUCAGAGCAACUUUCCAGUACAGUAUGUUUGAAUGCACUUUUUAACAGCUGAAAACGAUGAACAUGUGAAAAAUAUUUAAUGCUUAUGUUAAAUUUUUUAUGUACUUUUUUGAAACUGGUUUUAUAACUUUAGAGUAUAUAACCAUCUUUCAAGGAAUAAUAAAUAAUUAGCUGAUGGAUAAUUGCAUGAUGCCUUACAGUUUUCAAUAAUACACUUUCUUAUGCAACGUCAUGCAAUAAAUUUAAAUCCAGUCUUUGGCAUCUAAAAUGUUUCAUUUUAAUGUGUCUUAACUAGUGAGGCUGAUCUGAAUAUGUGGGAUAUUUUCCUGAAACACAAGCAGGCCACAAAGUAGUUUUGCUGUAGAUUAGAGUAAGGUGGGUUUUUUCAGACUACUAAAUUGUAUUUAUUUUAGGUUUUUCCAUAAUAAAGGAAAAAUCUACUGUGAUGCCCUUAUAAUUACCACAAAUACAAAAACUCUAAAUUAAUUGUGCCAAAGUAAAUCUUGAACUAAUGACAAAAGUGGUCUUAAUCUACUGGUCUCUUGAAUUAAACCCCUGAUGUAACACAAGAAAUAGUUUCUUUCUGAAGAAAUAAGAAUACCACUGCACUAAAUAUCCCAUUUCCAAUUUCAUUCAUUUUUGGGUCUACCAGAAGACUUGCCCAUGAAAUUUCCAGGAGAAGAAAAAUGGGGUUGCCAUUGCUGCUUUUGCAAGUUUACGAGCUCACACUCAUUGGCCAGUUUUAUUUUUAGGACAAGAUGGAUUCUUUUAUGUGGUUUUUGCCCUGAAACCUGGCCAGUGUGGCAGCUGCUGGCUGCCCAGGGCACUUAUUUCUGGGGUAAAAUUCAGUCCCUCCUUCCAGUUCCUGACUGCUUUUCCCUGCUUUUGAGUGUUAGUUCUGCAAGGAGAAAGCAGGUUCUCUUUGAAGAAAAGGUGUUGCAGCACAUUUUAUUGAUGCUGGCUGGGAGCUGUGGUGGGUGCUUUCUUGUGCUGGGCAAGUUUUGCUCCUAAUUUGUCAGAUGAAUGUGGGGUUUCAAGCCCUGAAGUCACCAUUUCACUAUGAUGGGUUUGAGUUUCACUGUGUAGUUUGUUUUGCCCUUGUACAAAUACAAACUGCUGCAAGUUGUACUGAAUCCCUUUUACUUCAUGUUGUAUAUCUUCUCCAAAAUACUUUAGGCCUUAUGUUUCCAACAUCCAUGGCAGCAAAUGUAUUUCUGACUGGUUUGAUUUCACAAAUGACUUUCUUCUGACCUCUGGGCUUGAAGCUCAGAUCUAAAGGCUGUAGGCACAAAGCAAAUAAAUGAGACUUAUUCCUUGCCCAAACCUGAACUGGUAUGAUUGAAUAUUGAUGAUCAGUUCCCCACAGUCCUAGAUUGUGCAUCUGAAUAAUUCAGAACCUAACUAAUAUAAAUUGUAAAUGAAGUUUAUUACUACAGAAUCACAUGCAAAACAUUAAGCCCAGUUUGUGUGUGGUGCAGUUCAGUGUGAGGGCAUUGGAGGGCUUUUCCAAAUGACCAACAUAGAGAAUUCUGCAUUUAAACUCAUGCUCAGCUGUAGAGUGGUGUCUCUGCUGCAUAAAUCCAAACUGGAGGCAAGAAGUGGCCUCUCACCACUGUGUGGACAGUGUGUGUCUUUACUACCUACAGCCAUUAUGUAGGGGAUGUGCCUCUUGUUUUUUUUCUCUAGCUGUUUCUGAUGAUGGUUAUAAUGCAGAGAACCACAGCUAAAUCACUAGAUGGUGUAAAUAUUAAAAGUACUACUUGCAGAGUCACGUUGUGGUGUUGAUGUGAGAGAUUUGGGACUGUGUUGCCUGUGCUUAUGGAAAUGAAGCUGGAAGUGGAGAUAUUCUGCUGCACUUCCACAGGCUGAGCCAUUGCAUGGGCCUGGAGGGGUCCUCUUCACCUGCUCUUCCAACCAACUGUGAACAACAGCACUAAAGAAAGGGGUAAUCCUAUUAAAAAUUAAAAGGAAGGGAGGUGAUGGUGCUUAAAAGUGUGUGUUAAGAAUAGUUCCCAGUGUUGUGGAAACACUCUUGAUUUCCUGGUUCCUGCUCUGGGAUGGUGGCUGAAAUGUUAUUGCAAUAAGGGCAUGAAGAAACCUGGACCUUGUGUUACCCAGCUGGGUAUGUUGUUGGAAUAGGUGAUCAAUGCUCAGUGAAAUACAUAAAUAAUCUUGCUCUAUUUCAUUUCAUUCAGCAGAGGAAGGACCUUUCUUCUGUAGUUUACAUUCUGUUGUGCACAUGAAUGUGAAUGAGUGUUGUGUGUCUUUGUGUGAAGACUUUAUUAAUAGACAAAUAUACUGAUGAGAAUUUUCCUGGUGGUUCUCAUCCCCACCCCCUCCAUAUCCCCCUGGCCAUUUAUUUCUAUUUUAUUCCUAUGACUGUGGCCAGUCUUGCUUCAAAAAUGUAGUGUUCACAUUUGGGUCUGACUUAUAUGAUUUUUUUUUUGCACUCUUGACUAUGCAGAUUUUAAUUGAACAUCACUUUAAAGAAUGUGAAAAAGAAAACUCAUUAAUAAAGAUGUUAUUUAUGAA